CUAUUAAUAAGAGAACAGAGUUUCCCUUUGCUUUAUCUCUCUCUCUCAUACUCUGCCCUGAACAAUGGUGGUUCCUCCAAAACCCUCUCUGUUUCACUGGAGAUUUCUGACCGGAGGCAAACCACUUCUUACGCUUGAUACUGAGUUCUUACGUAAUCACACAAAAGUUUUGCUAACAUCAGACGCCUCGGACAAAACUUGGAAAGUGAAACUGGACGGGAACAGGCUCGCCGGCGGCUGGGAAGAGUUCGCCGCCGUUAAUAGUUUCAGUGACGGAGACGUCUUGGCUUUCAGACACAAUGGAGACGAGAUCUUUCAUGUAGCUGUUUCCAGUGAAUCUGAUGAUGAUACUGACGACAGUGAAUCUGAUGAGUCCGAUGAUGUAGAUGAUGUAGAAGACGAAGAUAAUAAUGAAGAUAAUGACGAAGGGGACAUUUUGGUGGAAAAGAAUAAGAAACCAGAAGCAGAUUCUUCAUCAGGCUACUCUUGUUUCCUCAGAGCUCGUGUCACACCUUAUAGCCUCAACAAAGAUCGUCUGGAUCUUUCUAAAGAUUUUAAGUUUAUGUUGUUUGAUGAGCACAAGAAACCGUGUGAGAUAUAUUUAGCUAACGAGAAAGGAAGAAAAUGGACGUUGAUUCUUUCAAGAAACAUCUCAAGUGGUGCAUUUAACAUCAGACGAGGCUGGGCUAACUUUUGCUCAGCUAAUGGGUUAAGUCAAGGUGACAUAUGUAACUUUAAACUUUCCGAAAGUGGAGAAAGGCCUGUGCUCUUGUUGUGUUCACACGAGUCAGGCAAUGGUCAUGAAGACAAAGAAGAAGAAGAGGAAGAAGAAGAAUCCCCUGAAGCAGAUGCAGUGAAGAUAUGUUCUGUAGGAGGCUGCAGCAAAGAAAAGAAUACUACUUCCCGAUUACUGACAUCAGAGUUUACACCCAACCGUUUCAAGACCGGGCAACUAACUAUUUCAUCGGUUUUCUUGCGUGAGAGUGGCAUUAAGACGUCUAUGGAGAUAACUCUGCUGAACAAAGAUGGAAGAAAGUGGUCAUCUUAUCUACAGAUGUCAGGACAACGCGGACGUGAAAUGUUUUAUAUGAGAAAAGGUUGGAGAGAGAUGUGCGAUGCGAAUGGAGUUGAAGUGAAUGACUCAUUCGUGUUGGAGUUGAUAUGCGAAGAUACAACCCCUAUAUUUAAGUUCCACUCUAAGAUUGAAAACAAGGAAAAAGGAAAUACUGUGGAAAAGACUCCAGAAGUGAGUAAGAGAGGGCGCACUAGGGUUUUAAACAGAUCCAACAGUAACUUGAAGCGCAAGCAUCCAGAAUCUUGCUCAGUCUCUGAUCAAGUUGCUAACGUGAAACAAAGCAUUCUAGAUACUCUGAACACCAUCAGACAUUUCCGCGCAGAGCUCGAGACAAGGGAGAAUAAUCUGGAAGCUUCACUACUGGAAGUUGACGACUUAGGGGAGAGGAUAUUGGGAAUCAGCAAAAUUCUCAACAAUAAUCUGGUUUAAAGUAAAAUUAUAUAGCAGGAAAAAGGAACAAAAGACUAUCUGCAUGCACUUUUUGUAUCAUGGUUUUCACAAGAACGUCUUCUUCCUCCAGAUUAUGUUAGGUCCUUUUCGGUAUUUAAGACUUUAAAGCUCUAGAGACUGCCCAUUUUCUUGGUGCCUCAAUGUUUGUAUAUUUGAAGGGCUUGUGACUUAUGUUUUUGCUUUGUUAUAUAGCUAAGAAACUAGUAAUAUUAGAAUGCAUUGUGCGUUGAACUUUCAGUUUAAUUAACAAUGCGCUACUUCGGUGCUUAUAUGCCUCUUGAAAAUGUCUUCUCCAUCCCGCAAUGAGCUUUAUGUAGGCUGCAGCUUUCGGCUCAAGCUCGCUUGGUAGUCGUAUAAAGCUUAUACACAUGAAGGUUGAAGAUGAUUGAAUAAACCCUUAAGUCAUUCAACAAGUCUUGGAUGGUCAUGUGACCAAUGAUGAUAUGUUUUGUCAGAAAGCUCAACAGCUCGUGCUCCAUAUAAGUUAUGAGUAAUAACUGAGUCGCACGUAUACAUAAAGAAGAAAAAACGGUAAUAACAUAAUCUUAUUUACCAUACGACCAUUUAUUUUUGAAACACUUCAUAAUUGAAAAGUUUUCACAUAUUAAGUUGAGUAUAAUCAGUCAAUCAUCAAAUAUUUCUACAUUCAAUGACUAAUAACAUAUGUAUGUUUCUUUGGUUACUUUUUUAUCUUGGUCUUUGUCAACACUAUCUUUGGUCAUUCUUGCUUUCAUCCAUAUUGAAUAAUCUUCUUUCACAUGGUAAAAAGUUAUCUCUUUAAUUACCAACAUAAAAUCAAUAGCCUACAAUUCAAUUCAAGAUUAUUCUUUGAGAAAACCAGUGUUCUACUUGUAUUCUUAUCUUUCUUAAAAUAUGAACUUUACUAUAAAAAUUAUAUUUUAACCUAUUGUGAUUUUUCAAAUAAUAUAUUUGAUUGUUGUGUAUCCAAUUGAUAUUCUUUUAAAGGAUAUAUAUAGUGGGUGAAUAUAAAACAUGUUAUUAAAAUAAUGAAAUAUAUACUUUAUUGCUGUAAUUAUUAAUAUAAAUUUAUUUAAGAUUUUUCAAUAUUGUCUACAAUAUCAUAUAUAUUUAUGUAUAUUCUAAGUAUUUAUAAUAUAAUCUAAAUAUAUUUUCCUAUAAUUAAAAUUACAUCAAAUAAUAUAAAUUUAAAAUUUGUUUGAAAGUUUUAAUUGUUGUUGGCAACAGAGAUUAGGCGGUUAUAGGAUUAGUUUUUUACCUUUAUAUUCAAUAAGUAAAAAAAAUGGUAGAUGAAGCACGAGGCGAAUGAAACAAAAGAGUAGUAGAUGCAACCAAGUUUCGGAAUUCAGUGGGUGGUAACCACAAUAAUCAUCUAUCUGAUUUUAAGAAAGAUUUUUUUUUUUUUGUAUUUAUUUAACAAACUUACCUUGGAAAUUAAGUCGCUAGUAAAAAUGGCCAUUACAAACUCAUAAUAACCAAACAUCACAAAAACCACCGCAAGAGAAAAAAAUGAUGCCGGUGAAUGCCUUCUCAGGCUCAGCUCCUCCUGUUGCAAAAUAUCUCCGGGAGAAGAGGAAGAAAGGUCGUCCGAACACGGACAAUGAUCUGCAGGUUGGUCAGACGGUUUCUGGUGAGGUGAAAGGACCUAUCGACGGGGGAUACAUCGUCGAUGUCAAGGUGAAAGACAGUGAUACGAAAUUUAAAGAUGUCGUGUUCUUGAAUAGGAAGUAACUCCUGAAGACGAAGUGGCUCCUGUUAAAACGUUGGCAAGAGAGAAUCAACGCUACAAAAAAAUUGAUGGUUUAACAUCAUUUAUUUUCUAUAUUUACAUUAAAUGAUGCAAAAGAAAUUGGUAUCACUUAAAUAAAUGAUUAUAAAAUAUUGAUGCAAAUAAUUUU